CCCCCGACAGAAUUGCUAAAUAUGUUUUUUUUUGGCUGGAGCCAACCAAUGACCAGAGCACCAAAUGAACACUAUUUCCUGGGAAACUUUACGGUCGUGCCUCCGCGGAGCAGAUUCCGUGUAUUAUUUGAUGCAUUGUAGCUAGCUAGUCAGGCGCUGCGAACUGGGAACCUGCCCUUGCAUGAUGGCGGAUGAGCAUUUUUACAGGACAGACCGCCACAUACACCCUGCAAGAAGGGAAACGGUGCCCGGAGAGGCGUGUUUUGUGUAUCCUGCUUGAAGUGAAGCACCCGGAGACGUUCCGGAAGAACACAAGGUUGCAGGCAAAUUCAUUGAGAGAAUUUUGAAAUCCAAAUGCUCCUUCACUGCCGACAGCGCCGUCACCCCAAGGUUUGAGGAGGAGGUUUCGAGGGAUCCAGCGACACAACCCGAAUGAGCCGCAUCAUUUUGGGAGGGAACGACACACGGUACUUACUUGGGAUUGACUGAUUUUUUAGAAAUCUCCAAUUUAGAAAUUUCCUCUGGCCACACACUCACGUAAUCAGUCGAAAGGGUUGUUUCUGAACGAAUUCAUGUUCGAUCUUGCUCUCCGGCUCCGGAUCCACGGGAAAGGCGGUGGAGGCAGACCGAACGGAGCUCUGACCAGACUCUUUCCCUCAGGCUCGGACAACGGAGAGCUGGACCAGUAGCAGCUCUGGCUGAACGUGUCCGGAGCCAUGAGUGCUCAGGAGGUUCCCAACCCUGGACUGGACCAGGGGGAGGCCAUAAGCACCCAGGACACCCCCAUCCCUUCUCCCUCCCCGUCCGCCGUCAAGACCGAGCCUGGCACCACCGAGCCUGGCACCACCUCCGUAGCGCCCGCCAGCAACGGCAAAGUCAGCGAGGGCAACACGCCGGCCGAGAUCUGCGUGGUCAUCGGAGGGUCGCGGAGCUCUCAGGCUCAGGGUUCUUAUGUGUGUGGGAUCUGUGGGAAGAAGUACAAGUACUACAACUGCUUUCAGACUCAUGUUCGCGCGCACAGAGAGUCUGAAAGUGCCUCUGGAGAAGGCGCAUCCCCACCUGCAAACAACUCCUUCCGCUACACGUGUGACGUCUGUGGGAAAAAAUACAAGUACUACAGCUGCUUUCAGGAACAUCGUGACCUGCAUGCCGUGGAUGACCCGUAUGACCACGUCAUGCCAGUGGAAGAGCCAAAGGACGAGGUGGAGGGCUACCAGAAGAUCGGACCGAAAACUGGGAGCUACACCUGUGAGUUUUGUGGAAAACAGUACAAGUACUUCAACCCCUACCAGGAACAUGUCGCCCUGCACACUCCCCUAAAUCAUUCAUUUGACCUGCAGUCACCUCGUUCCCAACAGAAGAAGAAUGUCAACAAAUACACCUCAAACAAGUCUGAUCGUGGGCCUUUAGAAAGUUCCUUCGUUCUAAAAAUGGAGGGAAAAAUUAACCCGUCCGCAGUGGAUGGCAACAACUCCCACAACUCAAGCGGUCCCGGCAGUCCACUGAUGACCGGGCCCUUCAGCGCCACUCAGAAGCCGUACACAUGCGGAGCCUGUGGCAUCCAGUUCCAGUUCUACAACAACCUGAUGGAACACAUGCAGUCCCACGCCGCGGACAAUGAGAACCACACCAAAGCGGAAUCUCCUAAGAGCGCUGCCCCAGUGGCUCAGGACCAGCUGUGGAAGCCUCCUCAGCCCGCACAGAGGAACCACACAGCCCCUCCAGAGAACAGACUGUUACCAGAGAAGGAGCGUCAGCAGGUGUCUGAGCGCCUGCUGAGACUGAUGUGUGCCGACCUGGGCCUACUGAGCGCGCUCAACAGCAAGGACUUCCUGAAGUUGGCCCAGACGCUGGUGGACACGGGCGCGCGGCACGGCGCCUACAACCUGCGCGACGCCCUGGGCCCCGACCUCAGCCUCCUGGCCCUCCGGCAGCUGCCGCGCAUGUACAACCAGGUGAAGGUGAAAGUGACGUGCGCCCUGGGCUCCUGCGCCUCCCAAGGCAUCGCCGUCACCUGCCACUCCCAGGCGACGGGGCCGGACGCCUGCUACGUCCUCACUGCCUACCAGGUGGAGGGGGGCCGCCCCCGGCGCUACGUGCUGGGCGUGAAGGAGGCGGCGCUGAGGGAGGGGCCUGAGCAGGUGCACCACUGGGUGCAGAACGUGCUGUCGGAGUUCGUCAUGUCCGAGAUGCGCACGGUGUACGUGACGGAGGGCCGCGUGUGGGCCUCUGCCCAGGCCUUCAGCGGCCGUGGUGGUGGAGGCGUGAGUCUGCGCUGCGCCGGGUGCUCUCUGGGAGCCGUGGUGCAGGCGGUGCUGGGCCGACGCAGCCUGCAGGCCCGAGGCCUCCACGAACUGGGCGAGCUCCUGGCCACUUGCCGGGACAUCGCCAGCACCACCAACUUCCUGCACGGAGGAGGAGGAGGAGGGGGUGCGGGCGGAGGAAGCGGGGCGGGAGGGGAUGGGAAACCCUCCGAGGAGCCCCCGCCGAGCCCGCCGUGCUGGGACACGACCGCCGAGGCUCUGCUCAAGGUCCACGAGAACUUCGAGGCGAUCUGCGAGGCGUACGGGCGCUCGAAGAGCACGGCGCCGCUGCUGCAGGGCCUCAACAAGCACCUGCUGGGCACGCUGGCAUGCCUGCUGGCGCCACUGCGGCAGGCCGCGCUGGAGCUGGGCAGCGAACGCCGGCCCACCCUGCAGCAGGUGCUGCCCGUCUACCUGCGCCUGGAGAAGCUCUUCACGGCCAAGGCGGGCGAGGCGGGCACCGGCAGCAAGCUGUGCCACUACUUCCUGGAGGCGCUGAAGGAGCACUUCAAGGUGGAGCGCGCCCACCAAGUUGCCAUGGUGCUGGACCCGCAGCUCAAGCUGCGCCCGGCACUCGCCUACCAGCACGACGACAUCAUGAUCCGCGUGUGCGAGAUGGCCGCUGUCAUAAAGGAGCCCGGGGAACGAGCUGGUGGGGGAGGAGGAGGAGGAUCCAGAGGAGGUGUUGCAGCGGGCGCUGGAGGAGGUGGGGCAGGUGGAGGGGGAGGAGGAGGAGGAGGAGGAGGAGGAGGAGGAGGUGCGGGCGCUGAGGACGGGGACUGCGACGGGUCUCCGGUGGCGAAGCGUUGCCGCCUGGGAGUGGACGGGGCAGGGGCAGACGGGGCGGAGGAGGCACGGGUCAAGAAGGAGCUGUUCCAGUACCUGGCAGAACCGCUGUUCCACGCCACGCCAGACCUGUUCCAGUACUGGAGCACCGCCGUGGACAAGUUCCCCAGGCUGGCACGUCUGGCACUGUGGCUGCUGGCGGUGCCCGCCGUGGGGGUGCGCAGCGAGUGCGUCAGCAUGUGCCAGCAGAGCCUGGCACUGAAGAGGAAGAAGCAGGUGACCGCAGAGGAGAUGAACAAGCUGGUGUUCCUCAAGGCCAACACUGCCUGACCAUGCAACCAGACACAGCAGCAUCUCUCCGCCCUCCUCCCUCCAUCUCUCCCUCUCAUCAUGACCUCAGUCUGUUGCAUCAUGACUGUUCCAGUGUUACACAGACUGCCACUGAGGGGCCAGGCUCACGAAAGCAGCAGACAGGUCUCAGAUCUGCCUGGAUCCCCUCUGACCACAAACUCUGUUUGAUUAAAGACUUGACAGUCUACAGUGGGGCCCUCCACAAGACAAUUGUGGUACAUGACCUAAUUUUAGGUCACUAAGUCACUUUUAACAGAAGAAACACUUUUGAGAACUUUCGUUUCCUUACGGUAUCAUAAUCUCUUAUUGUUUACCAGCCUUUGGAUCAUAUGUUUGGGUUUAAAGUAUGUGUACGAAAAGAACGCCCGUGCUGGGCGUGUUUCUGGCAUUUCUGGCUUUCUCGAGACGUUCACCAGCCCCUCCCCAGGGGCUGCCCUAACAGAAGUACUGCACUGAGCUUUACUAGGCCUCGUCCUGGCCCAGGGCACUUACUGUAGAUACAGGAGGAUGGCUAACCUAUACCUCACAGCUUCUCGUGGGUCUCUGACCCAGGAGUCCACUGUCUCUCAGUUCCAAAACCUCUCUGAGUUUGUAAUCUUGUAAAUACACUUGCGGAUGUGGAUGAAUCGUGUUUUUGUUUCAAUACGAAAAACAAGCCAAGUUUGUAAAGUUUGAGUCGACAGGACACUAUGAGGGUUUUAGCUAUUAGUUAGCACCAACUGAAACAAUGAAGCAAAACAGGACAUUGGGAAGAGAUCAGGAACUAUACAUAAAUGUCGCAUGAUAUUUAUUUACAUAAAUAUAUCUAUAUCCGUAUGUAGGCUAUGA